AUGAAAUUGAAAUUAAUCUUAUUAUUCUAUUUGACAAGUGUUGUUCUUUCAAAGACAGUUUAUGUGGAAACAGUAGUCACUGUUACCCCAACCUCAUCAUCCACCAUCGACCCGCCAUCUGAAAGUAGUACCAAAAAAGCAAAAACUAUAGUGCAAUACGUUGUAGAAACAGUACAACCAGAGGGAGAAGGGCCAACCACCCUGACUUCAAAUAAGAAAGGACCAACUACAGUGAUUCAACAGGUUGUAGUCACCCAUACACCAAGUCAAGAGGAACCAACUACCUCUUCAUCCGAAGUGCAACUGGAGAAGAAAGCUAAAACAGUUAUUGAACAAGUUGUGGUAACCGUUGCACCAAGUGAUUCGGAGCAAUUGGAUCCUCCUAAAGAAACUCAAGUAUCUGAAACUGACGUUGAAACUCAAAAUGAACAAGAUACUCCAGCACAAGAACCCACGGAAAAGGAAACUACUGUUGUCGUACAGGAAGUCGUAACAGAAGACCCCAACAUUAGCUCAACCGACGUCCAAAAUGCGAAAACUAUAGUUGAACAAGUAGUUGUCGCGGUCAUCCCACCAACAACUCUUGAAACAAGUUAUAUCACCGGUUUGAACACCCAACCCACGCCCGUACCGGAAUAUGUACCAGAAAUAGACCCCUCUGAUCCGUUAGCUCAAGAGAUUUAUUCCUACACCGGUCCUUAUAUCUUGAAUCAAACCUUCUCUGAUAUAAUGUUAGCCGAUCAUAAUAAGAAACGAGCUCGCCAUGGGGUAGCACCACUCCGCUGGUCAAAUGAAGUCUUCAACUUUGCUGCUUCAUAUGCUGAACAAUACGCUUGCACUGGAAAGUUAAAGCACUCAGGGGGGAUGUAUGGAGAGAAUCUUGCAAUUGGAUAUUCACCACUAGAUGCUAUGAACACUUGGUAUAUUGAAGGUGAGGAAUAUGAAUACGGUACUGAGAAUGUAUAUGAUCAUUUCACUGCUAUUGUUUGGAAUAGCACCACAUCCGUUGGAUGCGCUUAUAAAGUGUGUGAAAAUCUACAGGAUGUUUGGUAUAUUGUUUGUAAUUAUGAUCCACAUGGGAAUAUUAUUGGGUUUUCUUCAAGGAAUGUCUUUCCACCUCUUUAUUAG